AUGCAACCUAACACGACAGGUCUCAAUUUAGCUUUAUACUGACGUACUGAUAGGCUACGAAGAGAGACGCGUUAGCUCGGAUUGCCAUCGUUAUUUGCUUGGAUGUGUGGCUCCUGGUGAAGCUUGACGCUUAAGGCCCAAAACGGAAGAUGAGGGCCACCACUUGCCCUGCGAGGGCUCGCCCAUACAGUAUUCAGCAUCACGCAACUGCCGUUCCUGCACGUAAGUUCUUGUCGCGCAGCGAUGGCCGUGUGGCCAUCAUGGCGACCAAAGCAGCGGGACGGCGGCGCUCUACCCACGUAGUCCUGGCACGCGCGUCGUAUGGCGUACCGCAGGGCGGCUUCCCAUUCGGACCCGGCGUGUCGCUGCCUCGCCGCGGGGUGCUGCGGCGGCCGCGGGACCUGCAGCAGCUGGUGGAGCUGCUUAGUGGAAGGGCCGCGGAGGACCCGGACGAGUUUCUUCGCUUCAUGUCUGCGGCACCGGAGAUCCUGGAGCUCCGCCGCCCUCCUCCUCCUCCUCCACCGCCACCGCCACCACGACCCCCGACACCACGCUACAUCCAACAGCAACAGGCGGCAGAACUCUACAGGCGCCAACAGCAACAACAGCAACAACAGCGGCAGCAGCAGCAGGCUGCUGCGGCUGCUGCUGCUGCUGCCCGGCGUAGAGCGCUGUUGCAGCAGCAGCAGCAUCAACAACAACAGCUUCAACAGCAGGAGGAAGAGGAGCGGCGACGUGAGGCUCUGCGGGCAGCUAUGCUGCAGAACGCUAGGCGCCAUCUAUCGCAGUACGACCCUGCCUCCCUGGCGCGUCUGGCAUCCGGUCUGGCCGCUGCGGGUGUGCGCGACCCCGCCCUGUGCGAUGAGAUGGUACGACAGAUAAUGGCACAACAGCAGCACCAGCAGGCGCAGCGACAGCAACAGCCGGCUCAGCUGCAGCAGCAACAGCCGCAACCUGCCAGUCUCGCGGAGCUGCUGGAUGCUUUCGCGGCCAUGCGUCACCGCCCUAGUGACGCCCAGUUGGCCCAGCUACUGCAACAGCACCAACUGCAACUACAAGAGCAACAGCAGCAGCAGCAGCAGCAGCAGGCACAACAGAGGCAGCAGCAGCAGCAGCAGGCUGCAGAAGCCGAGCGCCUGCGUCAGCAACAGCAGCAGCCGCAGCAGCUGCGGAUGCAAGGCAUGCAGCCGCAUGAGAGGGCCGCGGUCGUCGCUGACAGCGACGGCGCCGCAAUCCGCCGCCUAACUCCCGACGACGCCGCUCGGUUGCUGCACGCGUUGUCACGUGUGGGCUACAGCCCGGACGAGGGCACGCUGGCGGGGUUGCUGGAGCAGCUCCAGCCGCAGCGGCUGCAGCUGCAGCCUCUGACGCGGCAGCAACUACUCGAGCAGCAGCAGGAGCAGCCAGUAAGGGAGACGGGUGAAGAGGAAGAGGAGGAGGAGGAAGAGGAAGCAGCGCCCCAGGCGGCUCAAGCUGCCCAGCUAGAGCGACAGCGGCAGUGGGAGAGGCAAGUGGAGUUGCAGGAAUUGCAGCAGCGGCAGCGGCAGCAGCAGCAGGCUGCCGCACGCACUGAAGCAGAUGCGGCAGCGGAGGCGCAGGCGGAGGCAGCGGAGGCGGAGGAGGUUGAUGAAGCGGAAUCAGAGGAGGAGGAGGAGGAGGAGGAGGAGGAGGAGGAGGAGGAGGAGGAGGAGGACCAGCUGAGCUAUGUGCUUCAGCGCGACGCACAGGCCAUGACGUCGGCUGUUCGCGCGCUAGAGCGCAUGGGGCGUCAUGAGCAGGCGCGGCAGCUGCGGCAGCGCUUCAUGCACCAUGUGGAGGAGGUGCGGGCGCGAGUGGCGCGGGAGCGGGGGACACGGCGGCAUGAGCUUGCGGCGGCGGCUGCUGCAGCGGCAAAGGCGGCGGCUGCUGAGAAGGAAAGAGCGCAGCGGGAGCGGCAGGAGGCUGCAAGACGGGAGUGGCAGCAGCAGCGGGAAAUGGAGGAGCAGCAACUGCAGCAGGCGGCGGCGGAGGCGGAGGCGGAGGCGGCGGCUCGUGCGGAGAGGCAAAAGCAGGAGCAGCAGCAGGCGACGGAGUUGCUGCGUGCACGGCUGGCGAGGAGGUUGCGAAGUGCGGAGUACUGGCAGGAAAUCCGGGUCCUCCUCUUCACCUAUCCUGAGGUGCUGGAUCUGGACUGCCUGACCGCCGCAGCGGCUCGACUGGCGGAGAUUGUCACCGGCAGCAGCAGCGGCGGUGGUGGUGGUAGCGGCGGAAGCAGGGGUGCUAUGGGAGGUGGCUUGCGGGGUCUGGGACUGCGGGAGCGCGGG